ACGCGGGUGCUUGAGAUAUCGAGAUUUUUUGGUGCUUCGACUUUCUCCCACCCUCCCUGUUCAUUACUACAUAUUUUGUUCUUUCCGAUUUUUUUUAUUCCUUGUUAUUAUUGUUGCUGUUGAGUGCGGGAAGAGAUCGUUCCUUGAUUGUUUUCCACGUUAGAAGAUGAGUUGUUAUUUAUUUGUUUGAAACAAAAAAGUUGUUUGUUUGUUGAAAAUAAAGAAGAUAAAAAUAGCUUGCCUCAAUCGCCACCCAAAGUUUGGUGGAUUAUUAACUGUAGAAACUGUGAUUUAUAGUAAGGAGAAAAAAAAAGUUCGUUCCAAGCGAUCAGUGUGACUUUACAUCGGGAUGGCCUACACUGGACUGAUACUGGCAGUGAUAACGAUCGUCCUGUCGGUGGUGUGUUACUUCAAGAUCCUGUACGAAUGGCACCGGAAGGUGCGGGUGCAAACGGUGCGUCCGACGCGUUAUGCAGCAAAGAACUCGAACGAGCUCGGUAAGGAAUCGGAACGGAACGACGAGCUGGUAACGUUCUCGCAAGCUCCGGGCCCGAUGCCGUGGCCCAUACUGGGCAGUCUCGGUAUCCUCGGCAAGUACGAGGUACCGUUCGAAGGUUUCACGGCACUCGCCCGGAAGUACGGCGAUGUGUACAGUUUGACACUCGGUUCCAACCGGUGCCUGGUGGUGAACAGUCUCGAACUGAUACGGGAAGUGCUGAAUCAGAACGGGCGGUACUUCGGCGGACGACCGGAUUUCCUGCGCUUCCACAAGCUGUUCGGCGGCGAUCGCAAUAAUUCUCUUGCCUUGUGUGAUUGGUCCGCACUGCAGCAGAAGCGCCGCAACCUGGCCCGGAAGCACUGUUCGCCUAACGAUGCCUCCAGCUACUAUCAGAAAAUGAGCGACGUCGGUGUGAUGGAGAUGCACCGGUUCAUGGAUCAGUUGGACGAGGAAGUAAUGCCGGGUCAGGACUACAAGGUGAAGCCGUUGAUAAUGCAGGCCUGUGCGAACAUGUUCAGCGAGUAUAUGUGUUCGGUUCGGUUCGAUUACAACGACGAAGGCUUCCGGCAAAUGGUGCGUAACUUCGACGAAAUAUUCUGGGAAAUCAAUCAAGGUUAUGCAGUGGACUUCAUGCCAUGGUUGGCUCCCUUCUAUCACAAGCACAUGAAUAAGCUCAGCCGCUGGUCGGUCGACAUCCGUGAGUUCAUAUUGAAACGUAUCAUCAACGAACGAGAGCAGAAUUUCGGCGAGGAUGACCCAGAACGGGACUUCACCGAUGCACUGCUGAAGAGCCUCCGGGAAGAUCCUACCGUUAGCCGUGACACUAUCAUUUAUAUGUUGGAAGAUUUCAUCGGAGGCCACUCUGCUAUCGGCAAUCUGGUCAUGUUAGCUCUCGGAUACAUUGCCAAACAUCCGGGCAUUGGUAGCAGAAUUCAGCAGGAAAUUGAUCACGUAACCGAGAACGGCCAGCGCAAUGUCACAUUGUACGACACUGAAAGUAUGCCGUUUACCGUAGCCACCAUAUUCGAAGUGUUGCGAUAUUCCUCUUCACCCAUCGUGCCGCACGUGGCCACCGAGGAUACCUGCAUCGCCGGAUAUGGAGUAACCAAGGGCACUAUCGUUUUCAUCAACAACUACGAUCUGAACACCAACGAGAAGUACUGGGAAAACCCGAAAAGUUUUGAUCCGGAACGGUUUGUCGAAAGCGCCACCAUGGCCCAGAUCCGAUCGGAUCUGGUCGGAUCGCCUACCGCCAAACAGGAUCUGAGCAGUAUCAUCAAAAAUAAUAACAUCAAUGCUUCCAACGAAAACCAGAAGCAGAUCCUGCGAGUAAAGAAAAACAUUCCUCAUUUCCUGCCAUUCAGCAUCGGCAAGCGAACAUGCAUCGGUCAAAAUCUCGUUCGGGGCUUCAGUUUCAUCAUUCUGGCCAACAUCCUUCAGAAGUACAACGUUAGCACAAACGACCCGGGUAUGAUCAAGAUGUACCCAGCCUGUGUUGCCGUUCCGCCGGACACGUACCCACUAGCGUUCACACAGCGCGCGCAACACUGAACGCACUUCGAUUUACUCUAGCUAGUAGUUGUAGGUUAUUGUGUAAAUAGAUUCCUAUCGGAACAUUCCACUUCCCCCAUUCCCAACUAAAUUAUUCUAUCCCAAGUGGCGCUAUAUCUAGCAGUAAUAGUAUUAGUAUUUUGUGUUUGCACUGCAAACUGAAACCGAUCUAGCAUGCCGCGAAUCCUUAUUAGUCGCAUAAGACAACCGCAAAUAUAUUUGGCAUUUAUAUUUCAAUAAUAGGUGGAUCGAAGCAUGAGACAAAAUCGCACAAUGGUUUGAUUUGUACCCGCAAAAAAAUGGGAUAAUUGAAAGAGUUUCGUUUUUAUAAAACAUAUAUCUUAGCUUAUAGCAAUGUUAGCACUAGAUAAAAGAGAAAGUGACAUUUUUGAGCACGAAAACAUAUAUACAUAUCUCUUUACGGUAUACGUAGGUUACUCUUUCGCAACAAAUCAGUAUACCUGCAUUUAUGAAUGCGCCAAUUGCAAACGUUAUUAUAGCUACUUGUUGAAAGGUUACAUUUCAGAUUAGUCAGAGUCAAGAAGUUUGUAUUCGAUGGCUGCUAGAGAAAAGAACACUUUUUAUAAGAGUUAAGACUGAAUUCGCACGCACUCUCUACCGAUAUGAUACUCGUUUUCGCGUUUAACCUCCCACUUUUUUCAGUUACCUUCUUCUCAACUGAAUCGCUAUCAUCAUCAUUGUCAUCUUCCUUCUCAUUAUCCUCAUUUUAAACUUAUCCCGCCUGGAGUGCGUGUCGGUUAUGUUACGAAGUAAACGUAUUUAAAAAACAGAAAACAAACACUGAAUUAUUAACUGAAGAGCAGUCUUGUGUAGGUAGGGAACCCACUCAGCGAGAGAAGUAGGCAAAGGAUUGCAUGUAUUUUAUUACUAGAAUAAUAUAUUAAAUUUUGUAUUAUGAGUCCGAUGAUUGUUCCGACAAUGCUUAGUAUUGAACGAGACGAUGACUUUUCAGUGUGUUUGUAGGACUAUUCUGUUCACAGCUUGGAAAGAAGUUUUUACAAUUACUUGAAAUAUGAAGAGUAAUAAAUUUAAUACAUUCUACAAAUUAACUAAAA